AUGGCAGCACAAACUGCGAGAGCUUGUUGGCUUCUUGACCGCCAGUGGACUCCGGACGACGUGACAAUAAUUCCGUCCGAUUCCGAUUCCAACUCUGGCACAGAUAGCGGCGACGAGGCGAUGGACAGUGUCCCGCAUGUGAACCUGUUACGCGACCAACAUAUUGACGACUCACUUCCUUCUAUCUCUGCGAUUGUGGCAUCUGUGGUUAAAUCCCGACGAGAUCCAAUGGAAGGUAUCGAGAGUUUAACACAGGAGCUUUGCGUUACAGAGGAGGGAGAAAGUUCUGAUCCAUCAUCCCUCUGCUCGCCUGCAGAGGUGCUUUUUGCUUUGACUGUUCUCGAGAGCCCGAGUGCUAUCACCGACUCUGAUCUAUUGGUGUCUCUGGCAAUCCAACAACAUGAUGAUACCGUGAGCCCUGGGCUGUCCACGGCUAUGCGAGGGCCUCGUGUAGCCUCGGCGGCUUCCCAGUGCAUCUCGGCGCAACCCAUCCCCAUCGUGUCUCUAAGCGACAAAGUACUGCCUCAGCAACGUGCAGAAUCUUCCGACCAAGCUCGUCUUUCGUCCUCGACCAACCUCAUGCAACCUUCCCAGCCGCGAAGUCGCAGUAUUGUGUCGUCAGACCGCUGCAGUUGGAUUUGUAACACUAAUGAUGACGAUGGCCAUAUGGACGGAAUAGUUCCACAAAGCGAUAAACCUCACGGGGUAGCUCAGCAGGCCUUAACCAAGACUCAUUUGUCGGGAUGCUGUCCAGUCUCUUUAAAAGGAAGUUCCACGGAAGUUAACCAGCAACACCAAGUAGCGGAUGAUAUUCUACCACUAGUUUCUUACCUCAGCCCGUUACCGAACAGUUUGCGACGGGGCAAGGAGCGCCACACAAGCACAAAUACUUAUCAUACAGUGAGCCAGCUUGAUGGACCCUGCAAAGAAAUGGAAUAG